CGUUGCUGUGAUUCUUGACUUUUCUUAAUAUAUGAUAAUAUGCUUUACAGAUCCUAACUGCACCCCUUUUGGUCAUUCGUGAGGCAGAUGUUCCGCUCUCUCCAAUGCGCGCCAGCUACUUACUAUGGACCCGGAAGUUCGCGAUCCGCCACGGGGCUCAUCCGGUGACGAUGAUGAUGAUGAUGAUGCGCAGGCCCGUGUGAAGGAUGAAUCUGUCUAUUUAACAAGCGAUCAAUCUCGAUGUAUCAGCUCCGAUCGCAGUUCUAGCCCCGAAGGCCGUCCCCCACCUUUACCUCCGCGUCCCAAUACCCUCAGCCUGUUGGAGGAUGGAGGCGCACCUCCCGGGACUCCGCGACUGAAUACCCCAGUGACGCAGCUACCUCUGCAGUCAAGGGCUACCACCGCUGUGUCUUUAACGGAUAUUGCGUCUUAUGAAAAUGGAAGGGACGUCUUCCCCCCCGUUCGCCCACUCCCUGGCACUUUACGAGCCAAGGCCAGCCUGAGCCACCUAGCCCUAACUACCCCCAAGGGUGGGAGUGACGCUGGUGAUUCUGCGAGUGUUCGAAGUUUUGCGCCAUACACCGAACUUGGUGAUGGUGACAAUGUCUUCAACGAUCUCGCAUCAUCGGACCCCGGGGUUGUUCAAGAAGAUAGCACUACUGGUUUGAUGCAGUUUCCCGAGUUUCAGGCGGAUGACAUCGAAGACGACUUCACAGGUGAAUUUGAAUCAGUCGGGGAUAUUGGUGAGCAGGGAGAGAAUGAGGAGCUGGUUUUGAAGAACUGGAAAGCAAAACGGAAACACUACAUCAUUCUUUCGGCUGCUGGAAAGCCGAUCUGGACCAGACAUGGGGAUGGCGGGCUCAUUUCAACCUAUGUUGGGAUUAUCCAGACCAUCAUCUCCUUCUAUGAAGAUUCCGGGGACCGCUUGAGCAGUUUUACCGCUGGCGAUACCAAAUUCGCGGUGGUAACCAAAGGGCCAUUACAUUUGGUUGCAAUCAGUCGAAUUCUCGAAAGUGAUACUCAACUCAAGCUUCAACUUGAAGCGCUGUAUAUGCAGAUUCUAUCUACGUUAACUCUUCCGUCUCUAACCCACCUUUUCUCGGUGCGGCCGUCUACCGAUUUAAAACGCCCGUUGCAAGGAUCCGAAACGCUCCUAUCAACACUCGCGGACAGUUUCACCCGGGGCUCGCCUUCAACCUUGCUUUCGGCUUUGGAAUGCCUGAAAAUCCGCAAAUCUCACCGUCAAACCAUCAACAACACCCUUUUGAAGACAAAAGUAAGCAAUCUCCUCUACGGCCUCGUGGUUGCAGGCGGUCGCCUAGUCAGCGUGAUCAGGCCCAAGAAACACUCAUUACACCCCGGUGACCUGCUGCUAUUAUUUAAUAUGAUUUUUGAGGCAGAGGCCGUCAAAGCUGGCGGUGGCGAAAGCUGGAUUCCGGUGUGUCUCCCCGGAUUCAACAGCAGCGGAUAUUUAUACAUGUAUGUCAGCUUCCUCGAUCUCAGGGAGGACGCCAGCAGUGCAGCGGAAGACACAGCCACAAAGGAAGAAUCGGUUGCAAUUAUCUUAAUCAGCACGGAUAAAGAAAGCUUCUUUGAAUUACAGAAAAUGAGAGAUAUCUUUGUGGAGCAAAUGGAAAAAAACGGCAGCAUCAAAAUAAUCAAGGAGGCCAUCGACAAGGGCCGACCAAGCACAACCGACAUCGUCCCAGGGACUGUCUUGCAUCACUUUAUGUACAAAUCGCGGGCGAAUGUACAAUUCACGAUGUCCUCGUAUGACCUAGAAUUCUCGUCUGCCUCCCGACGUCGAAGGCUGAUGUCGACGUAUAAUAACCUUCACGCGAGCGUUCACGCAAAGCAUACCCAUGUCAAGGUGCACCACUGCGUCACACAGUCCUCGAGUUCCUUCGCAUGGGUAACCCCCGUAUUCGAACUCUACUGUGUUGCUGGUCCACAUGCAAAUCGCAACGCGCUCGCUCAGAGCGCUAGUAAGAUUGUCCAGUGGGUACAAAAGGAAGAAGAAAGAUUAUUCAUCAUCGGUGGCGCUGUUUUUUGAGCCCUCGAUUCCAAUUUUUUUUUUUUUUUUUUGGAGUUAUCUCAUGGGUGGAGAUAUAUUAUAUUAUAUUAUUUAUUGAUUUUACCUAUAGACCAAGAAGAUACUCUGUAUAAGUCCUGUAAAUACUCCUUUGCUACCUCUCAACUGAAAUC